AUGACGUUUAUUCCUUGUCGAGUCCUGGAAUUGAAACCGAUCGAGGGAACACCUUAUCGAUGGUUACGUUUGUCCUGGUCGAAUGACAAUGCCUGGAUGCCCGUCCCCCUGGGCCACCAUGUAAUGUUACGCUUGUUGGACAGCACUGGUACACCAGUCUGUCGUCCUUACACUCCUGUAUGGCCGAAGUUAACUCCAGAUUCAGUCGAUCAUGCAGACUUAGUUAAAUACACUGAGCUGUCUCUUCUAAUUAAAGUGUAUCCCAAUGGUGUUAUGUCUGGUUUGAUCGAUCAACUGCAGGAAGGCGAUCAACUAGAAGUUAGUCUGCCCAUUGGACAAUUUUCGCAUAGCUUUCUUCAUAACAUUCUAUCAUCUACGAAACGCCCAUUUGUGUUCAUGCUAUCUGCUGGAAGCGGGAUCACACCGAUGCUUCGCCUGCUACUUGUUUUCCUUCAUCGUCACUCGAGUGAUCCCGGGGACCACAAUGCAGUGGAUGUGAGCUCUCCCAUCGUGCGUCUUGUCUGCUUCGAUCGAACAGAAAAGGAUCAGGUCUUGGUCGACGAGUUGGCAGAUCUCGAGUCGAAAUUUCGGGACCGGUUAGUCAUCUUAUUGUUAUUUUUUAUCUAG